GCUGGGACUGUAAACCAAAAGCCACAGGAAUCUGUAAGCCCACUGGGCACCACAGAGGCAGAGGGGUGAUGAGCGAGAGGCGAGUGGCCGUGGACUUGCCCGUCAGCACCAGCUCCAGCAUGCCCCUCCAGAGGCGCCGGCCGUCCCUCAGGGGGCCACGGUCAUCAUCCUCCCUGGAUAGCCCCCCAGCCUCCAGGACCAAUGCCAUGAGUGGCCUCGUCCGAGCUCCCGGGGUCUAUGUAGGGACGGCGCCCAGUGGGUGCAUAGGUGGCCUGGGUGCCCGUGUGACCCGCCGGGCCCUGGGCAUCAGCAGCGUCUUCCUACAGGGCCUGCGGAGCUCAGGCCUGGCCACCAUGCCCACUCCAGGUUUGGAGAGGGACCACGCUACUGUGGAGGACCUUGGGGGCUGCCUGGUGGAAUAUAUGGCCAAAGUGCAUGCCCUCGAGCAAGUCAGUCAGGAGCUGGAAACGCAGCUGCGGAUGCACCUGGAGAGCAAGGCCACGCGCUCGGGCGGCUGGGGCGCCCUCCGGGCCUCCUGGGCCAGCAGCUGCCAGCAGGUGGGUGAGGCAGUCUUGGAAAAUGCCCGGCUCAUGCUGCAGAUGGAGACUAUCCAGGCGGGUGCGGAUGACUUUAAAGAGAGAUUUGAAAAUGAGCAGCCAUUUCGAAAGGCAGCGGAAGAGGAAAUUAACUCUCUGUAUAAAGUCAUUGAUGAAGCUACUUUGACAAAAAUGGAUCUGGAGGGUCAAAUAGAAAGCCUGAAAGAAGAGCUCGGCUCUCUGUCAAGGAACUAUGAAGAGGAUGUGAAGGUGCUGUACAAACAGUUGGCAGGGUCUGAGCUGGAACAAAUGGAUGUCCCCAUUGGCACUGGUCUGGAUGACAUCCUUGAGACGAUCAGAAUUCAGUGGGAGAAAGAUGUGGAAAAGAACCGGGUGGAGGCAGGAGCCCUGCUGCAAGCUAAGCAACAGUCGGAGGUGGCCCACACGGCCCAGACCCAGGAAGAGAAGCUGGCUGCUGCCCUCAGGGUGGAGUUACACAACACGUCGUGCCAAGUCCAGAGCCUCCAGGCUGAGACCGAAUCCUUACGGGCCCUGAAACGAGGCCUGGAGAACACCCUGCACGAUGCCAAGCACUGGCACGACAUGGAGCUGCAGAACCUGGGCGCCGUGGUGGCCCGGCUGGAGGCGGAGCUCGGCGAGAUCCGCGCGGAGGCCGAGCAGCAGCAGCAGCAGCGCUCGCACCUGCUGGCGCGCAAGUGCCAGCUGCAGAAGGACGUCGCGUCCUACCACGCCCUGCUGGACAGGGAGGAGAGCUGCUGAUGGAGAAACUUCCCCUUCUCAUGAAGAAAAUGCUACCUUCCUCACCAACUGACCCGUGAAGUCGCCCGAGCGGCUUUCCCCUGAGCUUCAGCCCCUGCUGGAUUCCCUAGUUGAUUCAGCCUGGGCUGAAAAGCUUCCUGGAUUGGAGAGGGUCCUUCUGCUUUAAUUUGAGUAGUCUGUAGCUUGAGCAACCUCCCUUGUCCCCCCGCAAAUAAAUGCUUUGUGUGCAGCUUCCA